AGGGCCUCGCAGGAGCCAGACGCCAGAGCGUCCCAAGCAGCCGUCGGGGACAGAUCUCCUCUUGAAUCCGCCGUUUUCAACCGUUCUCUUUACCUUUCUCGGUGUUUCACUUGUCUGUCUCUCUCUCCACCAUGAAGACCUCUCUCGUCCUCGUCCUCGCACUCGCCCUCCUCUGUCUCGCCCACGCUAAGCCGCACAAUGAGGGCAAACGGACUCACCAACCUAAGAGAUCAAGAGAACACAAGCUCAACAACCGCAUGGAGCAUACUGACCACCAUCGACGGGACCACGGGCCGGCUCACAAGGUGGAGCAGCAUCGUCCGGAUUCCACACCCACCCACAAGAAAGAAAUACCAGCCCAUGAUCCCAUGCACCAUGCCACCCUGCACAGACCAGAGGGCAGCGUGCACAAGACAGAGGGCCGCAAGGGAGCCAUGCACAGGUCAAGGAGCAAUGUUGGAUCCGUACACCUUGGGGUAACAGCAGGAGAAUCAGCAGGAACAGCAUCAGCAACAGCUCAGCAUGACCUUAAAAAGGACCUCCAUCUCCAACACAUCACAGAACACAACAUUGAGAAGAAACACGAAGAUAAGCAGCAGAGGGAUGAACCAGUAGGGAAACACCUAGUAACCAACAGAGUACCCCGUGGUGGGGACGCUGCCCCUCACCUCCUCACCAACCGAACGCCCAAGGUGUCCACCAACAUUACUCACCACCAGGCUGCAGCAGAGAGCAAAAAUGGCACCAAGGAUGACAUACCCAUGGAGUCGGAAAGGCUGAUCCAUGUAACUGCACGUCCCCCUAAGGUUCACAAGAUAAACAAGAUGCAUCACAGACCCUCCCCUCCCAGUGCCGCUGCUGCUGCACCCUCCUCCCAUACACAAUCAAGUACACCAUCAACCAAGGCUAAGGCCCACAAGACCCCCAAAAAGUACAGCCCCAAGAAGCAUGGCUGGAAGAAGACCCUACGCAAGGAUAAGGGAAAGGAAAAACUAAAGGAGAAGAGGGAAAGGCGCGAUAAGAGGAAUAAAGCUCUGCAUCGGGCUAUCGUUGCUAGGAAGCUGUGAGUUCACACUUCUCCCAUCCGCUAUAUCAAAGGAGAAUACGGAAUUCAAAGAAAAAACCCAAUACAGUAAUUAUAACCAUUUACAGAGAUUAAAACGGGGUGAUUGAAACUCAAACAAUAGGUGUAGCAGCCCUGAGACAACCAACCCAUAACUUGAGCCACUGCACCAGUCACAAGACUUCACUAUGGUGAUCCACCUACAACAACGAGCCAGCAGUCUCAGGCUCGUUACAUAUCCAGGUCAAACCUCGAUCACUCCAUUUCAAUCAUUUAUAUUCAUUCAAUAUAAAUUUUUCAGCACAUUUAGGGACAUAACUACAUUAAAUAUCUACAAAGAAAAUACCUAUACAUUCCUUUACCAUUUAAAAAGUAAACAGGUAUGAAUAUUCAUUUAAACUGACACCUGCUGAAGUGCAUGACUGCACUGACACAUACAUCAGUGCAGUUAAGCAGCUGAGAAUUACAAAACAAAAGGGAAUUAAGGUCUUACAAGCACCACAAUACAAAAAUCUUUAUGUGAUACAGUGCAUAUGCCUUUGAGUUUAACUUUGUACCUUAUUAAGAACUACCUAUAAUUAAGAAAAAUAUUAUUUUUAAUCUGUAGUUAUAAUUUGCAGGAUUAAGUUAUACAUACACUACUAUAUAACAUUUGAAACUAAAUGCUCUUGACCUAUAUACCAUAUAAAAAAAUACAGUAAAAAUAUUUAUACUGUAUGAUAUUUAAAUAGUAAAGACAAAUAUGCAAUAUCAUUCUUCAGUUUAAUAUAUAUAUACAUGUAUAUGUAUGUAUCACUUCUUAAGACUUCUUAAGCUUGUCUAACAUAAAUACUAUAUAAUGAGUAAAGUUAAACAGACGAUAAGCGCUGGGCUCGGUGGAUGAAUCAGUCGAGUGCUAUUCUGUACUAUAAAUGUAUGCUCGGCUCUGUACUGAAAUAUUCCAUGCAUACUGCUGGUUUUGAUCUAAUACUCAAUGUAGAAGCAUUUCAUUCUGUAUAAUGUAUUCUUAUACAUUAAGUGUAUAUAUAGAGGCAGGAAAAUAAGAGUAUUUUGUGAACAUAAACACAUCAAUGCAGAAAUUUAAUUGGAAACAAAAAAUGCAAUAUGUGAUUCUCAUGAUGAGGAAACAAGUGUCAAAAAUUUGGUCACAUAAGCUAAAACAAAAUGCCAAGUCAUGACAACCAGUACAAACUAUCAUAGUAAAAAUCAAUCACAGAUAUGAUCUUUUGAAAGUAUAUGUUCUCUGCGCUCUUCCCAGCUCCACUUACUCCCCAAGAACCUUUUAGGCUACGUCAGCCAAUUUUCACAAAACAAUUACCACAGUUAUUCCACUACUUGUUAAUUGUAGAUAACAUUAUUAUUUAGAAACAAUAAUGCUUAUAAUCAAAUAUUUAACAUCAGAGUUCAUUAUUCAGACAACUGCAAUUACCUGCCUCGUCACAUUAGAAUUAUCUGUACCGGCUAGUAAUAAUAGCUCCACAUCUUUUUAUAUUUCAACGAUAAAUAUAUUUAAAAGAUCAAGUAACCAUGACAUGGUAUGUACUUAUUGAAUUCAUCGACUAAUCACAUCGGUAUAACCCUCAUUUAAAGAUUAAUUGACCAAGAUAUACUACUGUACGUACUUAAUGAAUACAGUUUUUAAGAAGCGAUCCGGAUUUAAACCUGUGGUCUACCUGUUCCGAGACAUGCAAGUAUGUCAUGCUCUUUGCCUUCAGCUCUCAGAAUGGCCAGACUGUGGAUUUGAAUCAUAUUCAAUUCUUAAAAAAAAAAAAAAUGUUGAAUUUCUCAUUACUGAAUGCAUUGAUCUAUCAUGUGAAUCCUAGUAAUAUCUUCAUUGAACUAUUCACACUAAAACCAGCUGUCUUACACAAAUAUUCCAUAAUCACACACAUGCCAAAUCAAAAAUACAUUCCAGUUAUGUGAUGCCAUGGGUGAUGGUGAAACUCAUUCGUAAUAUUCUCAUCAUUUUUUCUAUGUACUCGUAAGCUUUUAAGAAAAUUAUACAGUAUAAAAAAUGUAUAGAGACUUAUUUAAAACAAAUACAUGGUCUGUCUUUGGUUCUCUUGACAGUUAGUUUAGGCUUAGGUAGGUGAUAUAUGUUAUAGGUGUCCAGUGUGGUGACAUUUGGCCUUUGAUGUUGCCCCCUUCACCACACGAUACUUACCUUUGAUGAAGGAAAAGGGGUUUCUAGCCUAUAGUAGUUCCAGUGACCCCUGCAGAAUAUAUUUAUUUUGAUUUUGGGGUGGUCAUUGGACCCCACAACCAUAGAAAUCACCCUUGCAGCCAUCUUUCUUAGCGCUUGAGUUGAGGUGCAGGUAGAAAUAAAUAAUUAUAAUCAAACUAUAAGACUGUAGUUUAAACAUUCUACUUGAAAUACAUACUACAUACUGUACUAAAAUGCACUUUGUUAUUUAUCUGCAAUAUCUAUGUUCUACAAGGACAACCAUCUAUCUUUUAAAUCUAGACUAAUGCCAGAUCUACAAAUGAAUAAUAUAUACUGUACUGGAGAUAUAACAUCUGAAAGCCACUGGGAAUAACACAUCACAAUAUGUCUAUAGUUGCCAAACUUUUGUCUCAACUCACACUCUCAGCCUGUAGUGUAUAAGAAUUGUGGCAGAAAUGUUUCUUAUUGUGCUACUAAUGUCCGCCUAGAUUCUACAAUAUGUUUGAUAGAAUACAAGGAAUAUUUCAAAGUGAAAUACUUGGCCUUCCCAAACUACCUUUGUGAAGCCUCUCUCUUCUAGAAAUAAGGUCUACUUAAGUAAGGCUACUCAUCAACAUCAUCUAAGCUUGUGCAGACUAGUUCAGGCAGGUUCAGAGUAAACACUUUGAUCUAUAUAGCAAAAAUGUAUAGAAGCCAGUGUUUUAAAGCUCCCUAUUGUUCUUGGCAUACCAUACCUCGACCAUGAUUUGUAUUGACUUACAUGCUGAUAUGUCAAAAAUUUUGGAGCAAUAAAAUGUCUUUCAAUAAAAA